AUGGAGUCAGAUCGGAAGGCGCUGAGGACGAGCUUGACGAGCGAGGUGCUGGGCAAGAAGGAGGAGGUGGUCACUGCCCUCUUGCCGCACUAUGAAGCCCUCAUUCAACGGUCCUGUGACCGCGUAGCGAGAAUUCCGAUAGACAUCAACUGGGAAUCGUUCAUCAAGGCCAAGCGACCCGACUUGGCCCUCUCCACCCUUCAUCUAUGGGGCAGCUACUUCGUGUUGCAUCGAAUCGCAAGCGUUAUCGAAGAAAUCUGCACCUCCGCUACUCCCGCAUCCCCGCUAUCUACGAGCGGCCAUCCAGCUUCAGCUCCUUCUGUCAUCCCUUCGUCUCCUUCAUCUACACCACCUUCUGCUUCCAUACCGCUCUACCCUGGCGGCAAAUCGAUUAUCGCAUCGCAAUUGGUGCGCAUUAUUGUUCAGAAUGAAGACAAGCCUCUCCACGGCAAGGACAAAGUCGUGCUCAAGCCCUACCUGAGGAAGAAGCACAACAACGACAAGGAGAAGGCCGAAAACGAUGAGGAAGUAGAAGACGAGGAGGUGUGGGUGUUGACCCUCCGUGGCAACUUCGGCCAGGGUGCCCUCGGCGGCUUCUCGCGCAAGCGGCUCAUCUCAACCCUCACCCGACGCCUCAAGCUCACCGCGCUCCACCACAAGGCCCUGCUUGACCACGUCAUUCUGCCGCGCUGCAACGCCCAGCUCCUCGCCCUCGCCGGCGGCGACAGCACCAACGACAGCCCCAAGGCCACCGACGACGAAGACGACGAACUCGUGCGCGGCAGCGGAGUGGUCGCAGUUCAGGUGGCGAUCGACUGGGAGACGAUCGACGAGUGCGACGACGAGCGUGCGCUGCGCAACCUCGCCGCCUGGUGCGGCCACUACUCGCUGGCGCAGGUGGCGCUGGCCUUCACGGAGCUCGCCGAGCGGUGGAAGACGGCCGAGUGCGUGAGUGCGGUGGUGCAGAGGGUGGUGGUACGGCACGUUCCGGGCCAGGACGCCACGCGCAAGCGCUGCUUUGUCGAGGCCGGCACGCUCUACAUCGACGGCGUCUGGGAGCUCGACGGCUGGCAAGCUGGAUUCCGGCAUCACCAAAUCGCUGAGGUCUGGCUCCGUGUCGUGCUGAAGCAGACCCACUACCUGGCCACGUGCCCGCAUCGAGGAAAGAAGAAGUUUAAGUACCUCAAGCGAGCCCUGCAGUCGACGAACGUGCUCAACGGCCAUGUCGACUACCUCAAGCGGAUUCUGUCGCAGCCCUGCUUCCAGCAGCCGGACCAGGCGCUCACGAAUGCCAUCAACACCUGCCUGCAGCCGUACGUGACCAAGGGCGAGGAAUACAUCCACGGUUGGCAUUGCAUCAAGGUGAACUUCCGCGGGCAAGCGCAGGAGCGAAUCGUGGUACUCACCGACUGCGCAGUGUACACCUUCGCCUACGACUUUGCGAAGAACAAGAUCGACAACGAUCGCGUCCACCGACACGUGCAUGAACACUUCAAACACAUCACCUACGGCAAAUACAUGAAUGCAGCGGGGGGCCAGGCCGAGUACUGCCUGCGCUACGAGACUCACGAGCGCGUGAAGAAGGACAAGGACGCCAAGUCCGGCGGCCGUUCGCUCGGCAACGUGGUGGCCAAGGCCGAGUCCGCCGCGGCGCUCAACCAAAAGGUGCUCGGCCUCGUCGAGCUCAUGGUCGACGAGCAGCUCAAUCCCAACAACGAGGCUACGCCCGCCGCCGCCGCUGGCGACAACAGCGAAGCGGGGCUCGGGCGCGAGGUAGACACCGGCGUGAAGGGCUUCACGUGCCGGCGGCUGCUCAAGCUGCUGGGUGAGACCAUUCUCAAGUACCACGACAACUACCGGCUCGACCUGGCCCACCUCCUGCCGGGUCCCGCCAUGGGGCUCAUCGACGGCCUGGGCCUCUUGGCCGCCAUCCUGGAGGAUCACCAGCACGCCCUCGUCGAGGGGCUCGUCCAUGCCGCAGGCGAGCCGCACCUACAGGGGCAGGUGAAGCUGGACAACAGCCCGGCCACGACGCUGCACUUUGUGCUCAAGUCGCUCCUCGCCCAGCUCAAGGCGCUGCUGGUCAAGCGCGCCGCCGCCGACGGCCGCGAACGCGACGAGACCGACUCCAGCGAGGCCUCGCUGCACAACUUCACCCUCGCACCGCCCACGCCCUCCUCCACCUCCUCUUCUUCCUCCUCCGCCGCCUCGUCUGUACAUAUCCUCUUCUUCGUGUCGCAGCUGCUCAAGCAGAUGCAGCGACUCGAGCGCAUCGAGCAGGUCGAGCUCAUGGGCGGCAUGACCGCCAGCGCCAGCAAACGCAGGACCAGCCGCGAGAACAGCCACGUCGACCACGACGCGACGAGCGACACGUCGACUGCGCCGGCGAAGAAGACGACGACGAAGCGACCACGGACCGCGAACAACCGACGCAUGUUCCACCUCCCGACGCCCGAACCGCUGCCCGUCAGCCGCGUCCUCCAGCGCAUCGGCGAGCACCUGCGCGGCCUCGCCCUCCCGCCCUUCCGCUUUCCUUCCUCCUCCGUACAACUCUUUGCCUCCUCUUCCUCCACCUCUUCGUCUUCGUCUUCAUCUUCUCCAUCGUCAUCGGCCACUUCAUCAUCAUCGCCAUCGCCCGCUUCGUCUUCUUCAUCGUCGUCGUCAUCGUCGCCGCCGCCAACGACAUCGCCGGUGGAGCUGGCGGACGUCAGUCUGUCGGCCGAGGAUCUGAUCGAGGCGGUGGUCAAGGCCCUGAUCGACAAACCGAUCCCCGCCGUCGAAUAUCGGUGCUGGAGCGAUGCGUGGAGCCGCUGCUGCGCCUCGACCUCGCCCCCCUUCCAGCACGCGGCGGUCGACCAGCUCCUCGGCUUGGCCAAGCCCAAGCCCAAAGCCAACAAACCGUCAUCAUCUCCAUCUUCAUCGUCUCCCUUCUCCACCUCCGCGGGCUCAUCGUCGCCUUCGUUCUUUCGCAAGUUCAUCCCCGAGGAGCCCGACACCUGGGUACUCCUCCUCAAGCCCGCCGCCGACAUCGACGACCCCGACGCCCGACAAGAUCUGGUGAAGGAGAUGGGCUGGGCGAUCUACGGCGCGGCGCGGACGGCCCUGCGGCCGUGCCCGAGCGACGCGGCCUGA